AUGACACCAAUACUCGUCCUUGACCAUUUUUACCUCUCUAUUAGCCUCCUCGUCACCAUUGGGUAUCAGCUCCUAGGCUUCGCUAUCGCAUGGACGUUCCAGUUUGACAAGAUCACAGACUUCACUGGAGGUUCAAAUGUGUUUAUAUUGUCGUUGCUCACUUGGCUUCUCGCCGUCCGUCUGGCUACUUUCCUCUUAUACCGAGUGCUUAAGUAUGGGAGUGAUAGUCGUUUUGAUGAUAUACGUUCCCAUUUCUUUAAAUUCCUCGGAUUCUGGGUCGGUCAAAUAAUUUGGGUAUGGACGAUCUCGCUUCCUCUGACAAUCCUCAACUCCCCCGCGCUUUCGGAGCACUCAUCAUAUGCAGUAUGGGGCAAGGUGACCGACAUUCUUGGCGUCAUUUUCUUCUGGAUUGGUUGGAGCUUUGAGACUUCCGCGGACCUGCGUAAGUUCAUGUACAAGGCCUCAAAUCCGCCGAAGGACAAGCCGAUCAAUGUCGGUCUAUGGAAGUGGUCACGCCAUCCGUCAUAUUUCGGCGAGAUGCUCUGCUGGUGA